UGAUAGGCACGCCCCUUUUCCAAGGUCAGAAGCGAACCAGCCUUUUUUUACAAAACAACAACUGUCCAGUACUGUGAAAAUGGCUCCUCUAACACGUCUGACAGUACUAGCAGCCCUGCUAGGAUGUGCGAUGUCUACCAUGCCUAUUUCUGACAUUACCCGCUGCCAGUAUACUGGUAUGGACGGCCACAUGUAUGACCUGUCCCCGCUAAGAAAUGGGAACUACAUGUUCUCUGCUGAUGCCUACGAGAUUGACAGUUACAACAUCUACUCUCCCAAGGGAAGUGCAGCCGACCCGCUGACGUAUAAGUACUACCUGAACGUGUGUGCUAACGUCAGUCACGCCCCCAGCGCCUGCAAAAAAACUGCACCAAUACUGAGGGUCAAUCCGGAUGGAACCUGCACAGCUUUGGGCAACAUCAACGCUGCAAUCUUUGAUGCAAGCCCUGGUGCUGACGGUGUGUACCUGUCCUAUUACCAUGGCGACCCGUCCGGGGGGUCCCGCGUGUUCCACUACCAGUCCAGUGUGUUCUUCGUGUGUGACAACAGCACAGACAUCACAGGCCCGACAUUCGAACACCAGAGCAGCUGCUAUCACAGCCACUUCAGGGUCCUUACCAAACACGCUUGCAAGUGAUUAAUCUCCAAGCUGAUCCUUCCUUCUACGCAGGUACAUCCAACUGCGAAACCGCCUGUCUGGAUGUACCCUGCUUUCUCAACGGUCACCCUCAGUUCCUGUCCGGCGCCCUAUUGAUUGAGGUUUAAAUGAGAUUAGUAAUACCCUUAUAUGUGCGAGAACCCCUUUUGAAAACUGAAAGGCCCAUUCUCUGAUUGGCUGACAGCUGGUUUUUUUUUGGGGGGGGGGGCGUCCACAGGAUCUAAGAGUGACGGUUGAGAAAGCAGGGUACAUCCAGACAGGCGGUUUCGCAGUUGGAUGUCCCUAGCUGCGAAGGAUGAGCAGAUCCUACGGUAGUAUAAGAUAGUAUCAAAAGCUGCCAGAGGAGUGAAGCUGGCCUAGAAGUGUGUUUGGCUACCGGAGGCUGAUGACUCCCUUAGACCAGUUGUACUCCUUAGCCAGCUUUGAUACUAUCUUAUGCCACUGUUAAAUCUGCCAGGAAACUAGCAAGUGAUAACAGCCAGCCUCCACCAGGUCUUCCUAUGGGAGUACGGGGAUCGUUGAAUUCAGCAAAAAAUUAGUAAAUUGGUCAGGGGAGUCAGUCCACGCUGAUAUAAUGAUAUCGCACGUCUACAUCUGCAAACGUAUCACAUGGCUACACCCCCUCUCCAACAGAGAUGUCGUCCUAACAUUGAUAACACAGUAUACGUAAGAUAAGAACAAUAACAGCUCUUAAAAACCCUUGUCCUGCUGAAAAAAUUGCCAGCAGGACAAGCGGUAUGUACUGGAAACAAAUUAUGGAACUUUCAAAAAUACAUACUAGUAGUUGUUUUAGUAACAUGCAAAGUAAACGAUAUCUUCUAUUGUA